AGCUAUGCCUCGGCGGGAGUGACAAGGCGCUGCUGAGGUACACAGAAAUGUGAAGCCUGAUUGUCAGGCUCGAGAUGUACUUCAGGAAGCUGUACAUUUUGCCUGUGAAUGUCGUUGAUGCUGCUGGGAUCAAACCAGCUCCAGUUCAUUUCCAGCAGUUUGAAGGUGGCUGAAGGUCAAGCCAGGAGAUCCUGCACAAAGUAGCUCAGGGUUGAUGUCUCCUGCUCUUCUUGCUGCCUCCAGCCACAGAGGAUCCCCAGCUCUCUCCUGCUGCAUGCCUUGUGAGUGGUGGCAGGCUGAAACACCUUGCAAAGACAGAAACCAGCCCCUCCCAGCUCCUGUGAAGGAAACUUAAAAUCUCUCAUCAUCUGGACUGGAAUGAGAAACUCAGCUCUGUGGUGCAGAUCCACAGCAUCACACAAGAGAUUGAUGCCUUUCAGCUCUAUCAGUCAGAUGCAGUAAAGUGGGGAGAAGGAUUCAGAUGUACAGCUGCAAAUUGACCAUGCAUUGAUGAAGAAACAGCUGCAUGGACUGACUUCCAGUUUCACAUCCUUACGUCUGAUCCAAAGCAACCAGGAGAGACAGCAGAAGGUCCCCCGUUCUGUUUGGACUCCUGGUUUACAGAAGAGUGAUGGAGCUGCUAUUAAGCACAAAAGGGCUCACCCUAUGCCUGUUUUCCUUUGUACUGAGUUUGGCAGCAGCUAUUGAGAUACCAUUAUCAGUGGCACAGCUUCCGACAAUCACGGAGCAAUCUCACACCCAGGUCGCCUACCCUUUUGAUGAGGACUUCACAAUCAAGUGUGAAGCUAGAGGAAACCCCCAGCCCAGCUUUAACUGGACUAAGGAUGGGAAACCAUUCGAUUUGCUAUCUGACCCAAGGGUCAUUGUAUCUAACAACUCUGGGACAUUUGUGAUUCAAAACCGUGGAAUCAUCACCAACUUCCAAGGGAAAUAUCGCUGCUUCGCAUCCAACGUGCUGGGAACUGCCAUGUCAGAAGAGAUUGAGCUCAUUGUUCCAAGUGUACCCAAAUUCCCCAAAGAGAAAAUCGAGCCCCUGGAUGUGGAGCAUGGCGAUUCGGUGGUUCUGCACUGUAACCCUCCGAAAGGCAUCCCACCCCUGCACAUCUAUUGGAUGAACAUUGAUUUGCAGCACAUCCCCCAAGAUGAAAGGGUCUCCAUGAGCCUUAAGGGAGAUCUCUACUUUGCCAACGUGGAGGAGAAUGACAGCCGCAGUGAUUACUGCUGCUUCGCAGCCUUCCCCCGGCUGAGGACCAUCGUACAGAAAAUGCCCAUGACGCUGAAGGUUUCCCGCUUUAAGCAUGCUAAUGACUCAGGCUCACCUAACGCUGCUGUUACUAAGGCAAAUUUUAUCAAGGAAAGAAAACCCAAACUGCUGAUCCCUCCUGAAUCUGCUGGCAGUAGCUCAUCAGUCACUGUCAUCAAGGGAGGUGUCCUGCUACUCGAAUGUAUUGCUGAAGGGCUCCCAACUCCUCAUCUAAGCUGGGUCAAGGUCACUGGAAACUUGCCCAAGGGUGACCCAGAAACAGAAAACUUUGGGAAGGUAUUGAAGAUAGACCAAGUGACAACAGAUGAUGAAGGAACAUACCAGUGCACGGCGAGCAACCCCAUGGGGAGAGCAAAGCAUGAGUUCCACGUGCACGUGGAAGAGCCUCCUCAGUGGAUUAAGGAGCCCGAAGGUGGUGUUUACAGCGUGGGAACAAACCUUGUGCUGCUGUGUGAAGCUAUAGGCAACCCAGAGCCAACCAUCCAGUGGAAAAUGAACGGGAUGCCCAUCGACAGUAGGACCUUCAGAGGGAGAAUGUCUACCAGAGAGAUCAGCCUUACCAACCUUCAGCUGCAGGACAGUGCUGUGUACCAGUGUGAGGCUACCAACAAGCACGGCACCAUCCUUGCUAGUGCCAACGUGAAUGUCCUCAAUAUUGCUCCCUUAAUACUCACCUCAGAUGGUGAAAACUACGCUGCAGUGGUGGGUUACAGUGCCUUCCUGCACUGUGAAAUCUUUGCCUCCCCUGCAGCAGAUGUCAGAUGGACUAAGGACGACAGCAUCAAGCCCCUUUCAACAUCACGCUACGAGCUGAACAAGAACGGCACCCUGGAGAUCAAAGACACAAAGAAAGAGGACUCAGGAUCUUAUGCUUGCUGGGCUGCAAACUCUGUUGGGAAAAGAGCAAUCACUGCUAAUCUGGAUAUAAGAGAUGCUACCAAAGUUGUUGUUACUCCCAAGCACCCUCACGUGCUGAAAUCACGUUCAAUCCGCUUGAAAUGUCAGUCUGAGCACGACUCACACUUGAAGCACAGUUUUCAAUUAUCCUGGAGGAAGGAUGGAAAGGAGCUGCCAGUCAACAGCACAGAAGAUGGCAGGAUAAUCCUGGACAGGGAUACACUGUUCAUACCAAGCGUGACGUUGGAGGACCAAGGAGUGUACACAUGUGUGGCCAGCACUUCUCUGGACAGUGUUGCUGCUGAAUCACAGUUAAUUGUUCUAGAUGUUCCUGAUCCACCAGAGGACCUUCAGCUUUCAGAGCAUCAAAACCGAAGUGUUCGACUCUCCUGGAAAGCUGGAGCCACUCACAACAGCCCAGUUAAUGAGUCGAUUGUGGAGUUUGAAGAGAGCCGGUUGGAGUCGGGGAGGUGGCAGGAGCUCACUCGAGUGCCAGGGAAUGACACCACAGCCCUUUUGUCCCUGGCCCCCUACGUGGAUUACCAGUUUCGGGUGGUAUCUGUGAAUGCUGUGGGAAGGAGCCAGCCCAGCAAAGCAUCGCUGCGCUAUGCAACACCUCCAGCUGCUCCAGACAAGAAUCCAGACAACAUCCGAGUGGAAGCUUCUGAACCAAAUGAAAUGGUGAUGAAAUGGGAGCCACUGAAACCCAUGGAGAGGAACGGGCCAGGGCUGGAGUACAAAGUCAGCUGGAGGCAGCAGGGGGUCGAGGUGGACUGGAAUGAGGAGACAGUGAAGAAGCAUUCUCUGACCCUACGAAACACUCCUACCUUUGUGCCUUAUGAGAUCAAAGUCCAAGCAGUCAAUAAUUUAGGAUCAGGUCCUGAACCAAAUGUCACCAUUGGGUAUUCAGGAGAGGACAUUCCAGAUGCUGCUCCUUCCGUCGUGUCGGUGGAUGUUGUGAACAGCACAUUGGUGAAAGUCUUCUGGCUGGGCAUACCGAGGGAUCGAGUUCGUGGACACUUAAGAGGCUAUAAGGUCAGUUGGUGGAAAACAAAGAGCAUGUUGGAUGGGAAAAGGCAUCACCCAGAGAAACACUUCCUAACCUUUGUAGGAGACAGAAACAAUGGGAUGGUUCCUGGGCUAGAGCCCUUCAGUGAAUUCCGCUUAUCUGUUGCGGCUUACAACUCCAAAGGAGAUGGCCCAGAGAGCUCCCCUGUCGUGUUUGAAACUCCAGAAGGAGUCCCUGAACAGCCACGUUUCCUAAGGAUCUUGAACUUUGACAAGGACUCUGUCAUUCUGUCCUGGGGACUUCCCAAGAGAGCAAACGGUCACCUCACCGGCUACGUUGUGCAAUACCAGACAAUAAACGAGACCCACGAAAUCGGACCUCUGAACGACAUCAGCGUCGCCAACCAUUCCACGCUCAGCUGGAGGCUUUCAGGGCUCAACUCCAGCACCAAGUACAAAUUCUAUGUGAAAGCCUGUACAGUCAAAGGCUGUGGAAAGCCAGUCACAGAAGAAGGACUAACGAUGGCUCAAGGGAGUAAAGGCAGCGGCAAGAAUUCAGAAGCAGUAAAGCCCACCCAAAAGUUUCACCCCAUUGAGGCGCUUGAGCCUGGAACUGACUAUACAGUUCGUCUAGUGACUAAGAAUUGGGUUGAUAACAAUAGCAUUUUUGAAGAUGUUAUUGAGACAAGGGGGAGAGCCUACGCUGGCAUUUACGAUGGAAUUUCCACCCAGGGGUGGUUUAUCGGCCUGAUGUGUGCCAUCGCUUUGCUCACCCUGCUGCUGCUGACUGUUUGCUUUGUCAGAAGAAAUAAAGGAGGAAAAUAUUCAGUGAAAGAAAAAGAAGAUUUGCAUCCAGAUCCCGAGGCUCAAUCAAUAAAAGAUGAAAUCUUUGGGGAAUAUAGUGACAGCGAUGAAAAGCCGCUGAAAGGCAGCCUCCAGUCCAUUAACGGGGACAUUAAAGCCACUGAGAGUGCUGAUAGUCUGGUAGAUUAUGGAGAAGGGGAACAUGGGAUGUUCAAUGAAGAUGGUUCAUUUAUUGGAGCUUAUUCUGGAUCUAAGGAAAAAGGAUCAGUGGAAAGCACUGGGAGCUCUACGGCAACUUUUCCUCUCCACGCCUAAACUCUAAAGCGAGAACGAUUCGGUUUGUGUUCUAAUUGUGCUGUUUAUCUCGAGUAGUGCUCCAUGGUUACCACAUCUGAUUGGAAGCAGGUUGCCAAUUGAGCCAGGCAGGAAGCUGACAUCCAGGUAAUACAAAACCAAGUCACUGCCACUAAAAGAGGAUUUUUUUUCCAUCCUAAUUUCUAGCUGUUUUCUUCUAGUUAAACCCAAUGGAUUCUUUACUACACACAAUGUCUGACUCGAUUCUUACCAAACCAGAAUCUCUCAGUGUUCCAUCCAUAUAUUUCCCUGCUGCUCUAUAUGUGUUUUUUAGCUUUGGAAUAUGUUUCUCUGCAUAGUAUUGGGGGUUUUUUCCCCCCUUGUAUAGCUGUUUGUCACUUUGUACAUACAGUUACACAUUGUGUUCCCCCAGGUACUGUGGCCUCAGCUGUAAAACAGCAACAAAAUGUCUGGGUUCUAAUUUAAAUUUCCCAGAGACUCAAAUAUAGUUGAUAGAACCAAUAACAAUUUAUAGGAUGCUCUUCCUCUUUCUUUCCCAAAAGAAAAAGGAAUUAGAUGGAGAAAGAGAGAGGAAAGGUAAAGCAGACCCAAAUAAAUAAUUUCACUGUGGUUUGGAAGUUGAAAGAAGAUUUCCCAGAGACUCAAAUAUAGUUGAUAGAAACAAUCACAAUUUAUAGGAUGCUCUUCCUCCUUCUUUCCCAAAAGAAAAAGGAAUUAGAUGGAGAAAGAGAGAGGAAAGGUAAAGCAGACCCAAAUAAAUAAUUUCACUGCGGUUUGGAAGUUGAAAGAAGAUUUCCCAGAGACUCAAAUAUAGUUGAUAGAAACAAUAACAAUUUAUAGGAUGCUCUUCCUCCUUCUUUCCCAAAAGAAAAAGGAAUUAGAUGGAGAAAGAGAGAGGAAAGGUAAAGCAGACCCAAAUAAAUAAUUUCACUGCUAUUUGGAAGUUGAAAGAAGAAAAGUUUAACAAUAAAUAGAAGGUAUAUAAGGUAGGGAAGCUACAAAAGUAUAGGGAAGGGAAAACAAGAUACAAAACAUGUAAAAACACAACCAGAUUUGAUUGCAGUGGGUUUUGUCCACCUCGUGGUGCUGAUGGUUAAGACAAAGAGCAGCAGGAGACAGGGAUGGUGAUGCUGGUAGGCAGGGAGGCAGAGAGAGCAAGCAUAGGAAGUCCCCCUGCUUUUAUGGGUCUUAGGAACGGGGGGAGCAGGCUAACCACCAUCACCUGAUAGUGUUAAGACCCAUCCCUGGGGAGGGGUCAGGACCACCUGGAGUCAGGUUCAAGCUCACUCCCCCCAGGAGGGUUAACCCUGUACACAAAAAAUAAGAGGUUAUUCUGCCGAGGGACACAAAGCAUCCUACUGAGGCCCCAAAAAAAAAGCCAAUUUGAAAUACUGCAGAAAUAUAUUCUGAAUAUUGUAUAUAUAUUUUUUUUUCCAUAAAGAAAGAAACUCUUUCACUUCUGAUGCCCUAAAAUGAUUUUAGUGGUUAGAGCUGACUGUAACUAGCAACACUUAACAGGUGGAACUUUAUCCAGAGAUCAAAAACAGGCUCUCAAAAGACAAAGCUCCAGCCUUGUGCCUGGACCCUUCUGCCCAGUAGCUGGCACUCUUUCCUUACGUACAUUAAGCUGCAGUAUCUUUUCCUGUAGCAAGGCAAAACAGGGUUUCCCAUCUCACCAUCACUAGAAAGCAUUUGCAUCCCUUUUCCCCAGCCUCUGCAAGUUGCAUUUCUAAGCAAAACCAAGAAGAUGAAUCUAAAUGCUUGUUGUCUGUCUCAUAUCUGUAUAUUUGUGUGCUAGCAUCCAUCCUCAUGGAGACGUUGUACAUAUGGUUAUUAAUAUUGACACAAGUGAAGAGAGAGAGAAAAAAAAAUGAAGAUAAAAUAUCAGCUUUGUUUUAUUUUGAGAUGAGACCUGUGGCUAGCAUGAGUCUGCAUAGCUGUGUAGGAACAAGUAGGAUUGCUUCUCACUAUCAGUUUGGACAGGCAAGGUUAGUUCUUCAGAGGGAGUUAGGUGUGCGUCGGUGAUAGAAACCUCACAUCUUUCUAAGCACCACAUAAAAUAGACCUACCUGGCUUUGGAGAGGUGGUUUAUUUUUCAAGCUAUUCACUGCUAAAGAAGCAAGAAGCAAAAACCAAGAGGAAAUGUUGUGGUAUAGGUUCUUUUCUAUUUCAUUUACCGAGCUCUGGCUUAAAUCUGGGUCUUUUCUUUGCCUCUCUGCCACUAACUCAGCAAAUCUGUAGAGCACAUUUGUUUUUUUAGGUCUUUUUGUAUUGGAAUCUUUUGGUUUUACUUUAUAAAGCAGUUGUUUGGGGGUCAUUUGGUCUGUUAUGUUUGCUUUUAAUUAUGCUUCUGUGAGUAGAAUGCCACCGUGGCUUCAUUUCUUCUUGCACAAGGUCUGUCACUUCAAUUCCAAUGUUUUAAUAGGAGGAAUACAUCCUAAAAGCCAUUUUUUUUUUUGCCUCAUGAUGGUAAUGAGGUGAAUAUCCCCAAUGGCUCCUCCAUGGUCUCCAUUAUUUCAGUGGGGAAAAGGAGAGGAAGCAAGAAUUGCUCCCAUGGUUAUGAGUUUCCAGUGAUGACCACUAUUAAGAGCAGUUAGUUGCCCACAGGCAUGAAGUUUGUUGCCAUUAGAGAGGCCACAGUUUACAAACAGCAUCCCUUCAUUUGGGCUGCUCCCCAGUGCCCAUCAAUUUCUGGCCUUUGGUGCUUGAUGCUUCUAUCUGUGCCUCUUUUUAACUUCAGCCUUUAUCUAGCCUCAACUUGGGAAACCCCAAACCUCUCAGUGAUGAAACAUGUAUCAAAAGAGGAGUGGAAAUCUGCCCUGAGUCAAAAGCUUCUCCCCUGUAUGUCAGUGACCCAAGUGGUUCACUUUUUAUUAUUCAUAAAGUUUUGCUUUCUGUAUUUCCCUCAGUUCAAAUGCUGAAAAUGUCCAAAGUCAGUCUCCUUUUUGACCAAAAAAAAAGAAGAGAGUGAAUAAUUAAACAGAUGAGAAAAUUGGCAUCUCAUUAACAGAGACAUGUCCCACCAGGAUCUUUAUCUGCUGACUCUUGUCUGCUGCAGCCCAAACUAGAUCAAGUCUCAGAAAUGAUGAUGCUAGUGACAGGGUUUUUUUUUUAUUGCCAGCUUCAGGCUGCUUUUAGUGAAUUUCUUUUAGGAACCAUCCACACCAGCACAAAAUUAAGGCUCUUUGAAACGAAAUUGGGAUGGGCUACCCAAAAACCUCCCCACGCCAAGAGCUGGGAUGGGCUGGACCAGAGUCUGGCAGAGCUCUCCCAGGCAUGAUCAGGGGCAGACAGGCAUGGGUGGGGAUGGAUGUCACCCAUCCACAUUCCCAGCCAUCCGUUUCCCACAUCAACAAACCUCCUUGUCCCGAAAAAAAAGCCUCUGUUAAGCAGACACAAAUCUCAAAUCACAUUAAGGAGUGUCAAAUUAUCGAUGGAUGACUGCACAUCCCCAGCGCUAGCGCUUGCGCUGCGGCUGCUCGGAGCUGUUCGUGAGAGGCGUGCGAUGUGCUGCUCCUCUCUGUGCUUUUCCUAUCCCAGUUCUAAUUCAGAGCCUUAAAUCUUAGUGUUGGUGUUUCAUGAUGCCUCAGGGUCUGAAAAUCAUCCAGCGGCCAAAAAAAAACCGAGAGAGAUGCGCCGUGGAGUUUGCGCGGCGAGCACUGACUUGGGAGCAGUGUGCCCAGUGAACAUGAAACAAAGGGCUGCAACUCCUGGGCACUCACUCAGCUUUUGCUCUUCUUUCCCAAUCUUUUCUUUUCUCUUUCUUUUCUUUUUCUUUUCUUUUCUUUUCUCUUCUCUUCUCUUCUCUUCUCUUCUCUUCUCUUCUCUUCUCUUCUCUUCUCUUCUCUUCUCUUCUCUUCUCUUCUCUUCUCUUCUCUUCUCUUCUCUUCUCUUCUCUUCUCUUCUCUUCUCUUCUCUUUCUUUUCUUUUCCCUCCUUUCACUUUCAUUUUUCUUUUCUCUUUCGUUUUUCUUUUCUCUUUCGUUUUUCUUUUCUCUUUCGUUUUUCUUUUCUCUUUUGUUUUUCUUUUCUCUUUUGUUUUUCCUCCUUCCCUCCUUUCCUCUUUCCCUCUUUCCCUCUUUUCCUCUUUCUUGUUUUCUUUUUGCUUUUUUUUCUAUUUCUUUUUCUCUUUCAUUUUCUCUUUCUUUUCUCUCUCUUCUCUCUCUCUUUUCUCUUUUCUCUUUGUUUUCCUUUAAUUUUCCUUUCAUUUUCUGUCUCUUCCUUGUCUCUUCCUUGUCUCUUCCUUGUCUCUUCCUUGUCUCUUCCUUGUCUCUUCCUUGUCUCUUCCAUUUUCCUUUCAUUUUCUUUUUUCUUCCUCUUCCUCUCUUCCCAUCUUCCCCUCCUCUUUUUCUCUUUCUUUCUCUUUCAUUUUCUCUCUUUCUCUCUCUCUUUCUCUUUCUUUCUCUCUCUCUUUCUCUUUCUCUCUCUUUCUCUCUUUCUCUCUGCCUUUCUCUCUCUCUUUCUCUCUUUCUCUCUUUCUCUCUUUCUCUCUCCCUUUCUCCCUUUCUCCCUUUCUCUCUCUCUCUCCCUCUUUCUCUCCCUCUUUCUCUCUCUCUCUCUCUCUCUCUCUUUCUCUCUCUCUUUCUCUCUCUUUCUCUCUUUCUCUCUUUCUUUUCUCACUUUCUUUUUCCUUUUGCUUUCUUUUGAUUUUUUCCCUUUCAUUUUCUUUUUUCUUUCUCUUUCUUUUCUCUUUCCCACUGGGAUUUUAUUUCCUAUUGUUAGGCUACCACUCAUACAAUGUACCUCUGCAAGUGCAGGACACUAACAAUGCUUUUCUUUAUUUCUCAGAGGUUUACUUUCAAAAGUAGAAAUCACAGAAGUCAUUUUGGUUGGAAAAGAGCUCUAAGAUCGAGUCCAACCAUCAGAAAGACAGAAAAGUAAACUUAACAGAGGCAGCUUAGAUUUUUCCCUGAGCAGUUUUUUGUCAUUGCCAGGAGAUGGCCUUCAUUUUCUUUACUAUUUUUGUUGCAGGUUGAGAGGAUUUGUGAACCACAUAGGCUGUAUAAAAACUAUCCCCAACUGUACUGCAGCACUGAAAUAAUACAUAGCACCCAAUAAAUAGUACAUAGAAACCAAUAAAUAGUGUUUUAAGUCCAAUAAAUAGUACAUAGAAUCCAAUAAAUAGUACUUUAAAUCCAAUAUAGUGCACAGAAUCCAAUAAAUAGCAUUUCAAAUCCAAUAAAUAGUACUUUAAAUCCCACAUAGUGCAUAGAAUCCAAUAAAUAGCAUUUUUAAUCCAAUAAAUAGUACUUCAAAUCCAAUAUAGUACAUUAAAUCCAAAAAAUAGUAUUUUUAAUCCAAUAAAUAGUACAUUAAAUCCAAUAAAUAGUACUUUAAAUCCAAUAUAGUACAUUAAAUCCAAUAAAUAGUACUUUAAAUCCAAUAAAUAGUACUUUAAAUCCAAUAAAUGGUACUUUACAUCCAAUAUAGCACUUUAAAUCCAAUAAAUAGUGCAUUCAAUCCAAUAAAUAGUACUUUAAAUCCAAUAAAUAGUGCAUUCAAUCCAAUAAAUAGUACUUUACAUCCAAUAUAGCACUUUAAAUCCAAUAAAUAGUGCAUUCAAUCCAAUAAAUAGUACUUUAAAUCCAAUAAAUAGUACUUUAAAUCCAAUAAAUAGUACUUUACACUCAAUAUAGCACUUUAAAUCCAAUAAAUAGUGCAUUCAAUCCAAUAAAUAGUGCAUACAAUCCAAUAAGUAAUGCAUUAAAUACCACAACUCUACCUUUAAUCCAAUAAUUAUGGUAGUUUUGGUUUGUUUUUCUUUUUUUUUCCUCUUUGCCCAGGAGUGUUUAUUAAAAUCAGUUGAUGGAAAUCUGUGGUGAUUUCAUUAAUUAAUACCUGGCAGGGAAUUACAGCUUGCCUGCUGGGAGGAAAAAGCCAGGGCUGGGCAGCUGCGUAAGCAUCCGUCAGGAUGGAUGGGAUAAGGAUAUAUUAAAUGGAUAGGGGGGGUUAUUAAUGAUCUGGUGCUGUGGCUUUUAGUUUGGUUACAUCUGCUUGUGAUAAGGAUUGCAUUUUGCUGGCAAUGAACCUGUGAGAGGGGAAAUGACACUUUCAGAUUUGGUACCUUAGACAAGCCGGGAUGCAAUUUCAUCCAGCAAGGAAAAGGCAUUUUCCUAGCCCAAGGAAUCCUGGUGUACAGAUUUAAGCCUCCUCUGGCACAAGAGAGAGGGAUGGAUGCUCCUCAAAGAGUUGUGCAGUGUUGCCUGUGUAGUAGAUAAGCACACCAGAGCAGCUUUUCCUAACUAAUGGGAAGAAGUGCUGUGGUCCAGCUCCCGUGCAAGUGAGCUGUUUGUGUGUGCAGAGCAGAUUUGGUAUGGAUUUUAAGCUCAGAUCUAAGCUUUUGUUUAAAGAAAAAGAAUAUUUAAUAUCCUUGAGUAAUCAAGAACUUGUAAGAAUUACCCUGGCAUCAUUGCCCAGGGAGGUUGUGGCUGCUCCCUCCCUGGAGGUGUUCAAGGCCAGGUUGGAUGAGGCAUUGAGCAACCUGUUCUAGUGGGAGGUGUCCCUACCCAUGGCAGGGGGUUGGAACUGGAUGAUCUUUGAGGUCCCUUCCAACCUAAACCAUUCUGUGAUCAUUAGGCUAAAUUUGUGGACCCAGUCUCAAAUUUCUUCCUCGUGCUUGGCUCUGCUCUUCAGCGAGAACGAGAGUCCAGGACUGCCUAUCAAAGCCCUUCUGGGGCUGAAUCUUUGGGAUGAGCAGAAUUAGGAUCCAAAUCCAAAAAUGACUUUCCCCUCCAGACAAAAAAAAUGUAUGUGUGUGCAUGUCUACUGAUUUGAAAAGCCUUCUUUGUAACUCCAGUUUUAAGUGGAGCUAAUGAGCAUUUUGUUGAAUGAUUUAAGGUAUUUAUUCUGUUGUGUUCUUCUUGCUGAAGUUUUAAUGAGGAUCUCUUUUUUUUUCUGCUCACUACUCCCAUUGACUUGAGCAGGUCAGAUCUCAGGCAUGAGUGGUUUUAGCAAAAGUCUUUUUUUUUUAUUUCAGGCCACUAUCAUUGUUGAGAUUAAAACAAAUGCCAGCACAAUCUCUCCAUCUAAAAAUAGAUUGGAGUUUUUAACAGUCAUCCUUUUUAACAGUCAUCCCCACAGCAGUUGCCUAAACUCCUGUUAGAAUAACACUCACUCUGUGCUUCUGAAGGGAGAACUCACCACUGAGGAUUUGUUUGUCAUCAUGGCUUGGCAAAUGAGUGGUAAAUCAUUAUUGUUUUGCAUACCUAUUUCUGUAUAACACAACAAACUUUUCUCCUUAGUGCCAUAAAGAACUACAUUAAUGAAUGGAGAAAUUAGCCAGGGUAGGACAGCAGUUUCGUUAACUGCUAUGAAACUGAGCACCUGAAGGUACAAAGGAAGGAAAUGCUCCAUGGCAAGAGAAUUUCCUUUGCUUGGCAGUGGAUCCAGCCCUCAGCUGCCUCUCUGUUAAUGUUUAGUAUCUCAGAGCCAAGCAUACAGAUGCUGUCAGAGUACUGUACAUGUUUACGUUGCAGCUCUGUAUCUUCCGUGUCCAAGUCUCAAGUGAUCUGCACUGACUUUCCAGGCAGGAAAGCAGUGGGUGGGUUUGAGCCAAAGCAUACUGUCUAUUUUUCCUUUCUUUUUUUAGUUCCUUUUCUUUUUUUUCCCUUCCAGUUACUAUUAUUGUUAUCACUGCUUAUAAGCAAGCUGCUUUGUCCUUUCCUGAGACAAGCUCAAGGCAAAUGUGGUGUCACCGUUUGCAAUGUUCCUUUCCGAGCUAAGUGUUAGUGUGCAUUUAUUCCAGGUUAGAGGAAGUUGUUGUGCUGUAGCUGCUGUUUGUAUCAUGCCUCUGUGCAAGUAUGGUUUGAAAAGGUAUUUUCAUUUUACAUGAAACAAGACUUUGCUAAUAAAAGUUUGACUUGAUGUACUCUUCAAA